AUGGCGCCGCCGGAGCCGGAGGUGUUCGACGUCGUCAUCUUCGGGGCCUCGGGCUUCACCGGCAAGUACGUCAUCCGCGAGGCCCUCAAGUUCCUCAACUCCUCCUCCUCCUCCACCUCCCCGCUCCGCUCCCUCGCGGUCGCCGGCCGCAGCCGGGACCGCGUCGCGGCCGCGCUGCGCUGGGCCGCGGCCCCGGCGCCGCCGCCAGAGGACGUGGCCAUCCUCGUGGCCGACACCUCCGACCCGGCCUCCCUCGCGGCGCUCGCUUCCCGCGCCCGCGUCGUGCUCUCCUGCGCGGGGCCCUUCCGCCUCCACGGCCACGCCGUGGCGGCGGCCUGCGCGGCCGCGGGCGCCGACUGCCUCGACAUCUCCGGGGAGCCCGAGUUCAUGGAGCGCGUCGAGGCCGAGCUCCACGAGCCCGCCGCCAGGACCGGCUCGCUCAUCGUCUCCGCCUGCGGGUUCGACUCCGUCCCCGCCGAGCUCGGCUUCUUGUUCCACUCCAGGCAGUGGGAGCCACCGUCCGCGCUGGUCUCCGUGGAGGCGUACGUGUACCUGCAGUCGACCAAGAGGAUCGUCGGGAACAUAGGCACCUACGAGUCGGCCGUGCUCGGGGUGGCCAACGCCAGCCAGCUGCAGGCGCUGCGCCGGUCCAGGCCCAGGCGACCCAGGCCUAAUAUUCCAGGCCCUCCACCUCCCAAAGGGUCGCUGAUUGAGGGUCACAAUCCUCUGGGAAUGUGGGCUAUGAAGCUGCCUUCCGCUGACACAGUGGUCGUGAAGAGAACUCUAUCAACCUUGACUGAGCAUCCUGAGGGCCUUCCUGGUGCAGAAGAAACCCCAGAGUACGCUGAGCACAGGAAGAAGUUCUGGUCUUCUGUCAAACCUGCCCAUUUCGGCUUGAAGAUCGCCUCCAGAUCCCUGCUGAUCCUCGUGCGCUUCAUCAUCACCGGACUCUUCAUCGGCCUGCUCGCCAACUUCUCCUUCGGCAGGUCCCUCCUGCUGAAGUACCCUGAGUUUUUCUCCGCUGGGAUGUUCCGCAGAGCCGGCCCGACUGAGGAAGAGGUGAAGAGCGCCUCGUUCAAGAUGUGGUUUGUUGGGCACGGCUACAGCAACAUGGAUAGCUCCAUGGAGCUCGGAAGAAGCAAGCCGGACAAGGAGGUGAUCACCAAGGUUUCGGGGCCUGAGGUCGGUUACAUCACAACUCCGAUUGUGCUGGUGCAGUGCGCCCUCGUCCUUCUGAGCCAGCGUGCCAACCUGCCCAAGGGCGGGGUGUACACCCCUGGCACCAUCUUCGGCCCUACCGACCUCCAGCAGCGCCUCCAGGAGAACGGGCUGUCAUUCGAGGUUAACACGACUAGGGCCAUGCGCUGA